GCCAGGGGCGGACUGACCAUUUGGAAACUCGGGCACUGCCCGAGGGCCUGGGGUCAGUAGGGGGCCCCAUGAGAUGCCCCUGGUACCUUUUACAUAGGCUAUUUUUUAGUUUGGGCAAGGACACAGGGGCCCCAUGAUCCCCUAUUGCCCGGGGGCCCCAUGAGUUGUCAGUCCGCCCCUGGUCUCAACCACCUUCUGGUAGAAACACACGGGCGGACUGACCAUUUGGAAACUUGGGCACUGCCCGAGGGCCCAGGGUUAGUAGGGGGCCCCAUGGGAUGCCCCUGGUACCUUUUUCAUAGGCUUUGUUGAGUUUGGGCAAGGACACAGGGGCCCCAUGAUCCCCUAUUGCCCGGGGGCCCCAU